AAUAAUAUCCUAAUAAUGAUAUUUUCUUUCUUUUUAUUCUUAAAUUCUUUAGAUAAUUAUAAACCAACGUCAGUUGGUCGGGCAUUAAAUGGAGUAGAAGUUAAGAUAUUUGACCCCGAUCCAGAGACUGGAGAUGGUGAGAUUUGUUUCCGUGGGCGUAACAUAUUUAUGGGAUACCUUGACAACGAGGAGAAGACAAAGGAGGCACUUGAUGAUGAAGGAUGGUUGCACUCAGGAGACAUUGGGAGAGUUGAUGAAGAGGGUUUUUAUUAUAUUACUGGUCGUAAGAAAGAGUUGAUAAUAACUAAAGGAGGAAAGAAUAUUGCACCAGUACCUAUUGAAGAUUGUAUUAAAGAGGAGGUCCCUAUCAUUAGUAAUGUAAUGUUGGUUGGAGAUGAUAAGAAAUAUCUAACAAUGCUGGUCACACUACGUGUUAAAUUUUAUAGCUAUUUUUUGAGUUAUCCGCAUUUUUAA